GGCGCUCAGUCGUCAUCUGUGCUUGUUUGUGUACAUUCAGGACUGAGUUAGACUUCGGGCGCAGGGAGGCGUGAGCAGCGCCAGUCUGAACCAGAACUCACGUUAGCUGUAAAGAGGAAACAAGCUGGCUGCUAGCGACGGAGAGCCUUGAACAUCGGGCUAGCAAGAAGAUUAAAAGAGGAAAACUGGAACGCUACCACGGAUUUCUUGUGGGACAAGCGUACAGGCCUCGCUGCUAAAACGAUGCCUCACAAUCGACGAUACUCGUCUUCGGACAGAGACAGUCGAAGCAGCUACCAAGACCGUUACAGAGACCGAGACAGAGGGCGAAGACACCGGCACAGAAGGUCGCCCACUUAUUCAUCCAGUAGUGACAGAGACAGAGACCGAGACAGAAGAGGACGGGGACACAGACAGGAAGGAAGUUAUGCACGCUCAAGGAGUCGUAGCUAUGACAAUCGCUCCACGGAGCACCGGCCAUUUGACCGAAGAUACUGCGAGGGAUACAGACGCCUGGGAGAUCAGAGCCGAGAUCGAGACCGUGACAGAGACAGGGAGCCACAUGGAGCAGCUGAAAGUUACUAUCCACGCGACUUCUCCCCAAACAUGUGCGACUACCGACGUGGCCGAGAGAGGGAGCGCGAGCGGGACGAGUCGUACCGGCGGAAAGGCAGCAGGCGUAAGCACAAACGAAGGCGGCGUAGAACCAGGUCCUAUAGCCCAUCCUCCUCGCGGAGCAACAGCCGGACACGGGCACUGAGUGUGAGGGACGACGAGGAAGGGCACCUGAUCUGUCGGAGUGGGGACGUCCUGCAAGAGAGAUAUGAGAUCGUCAGCACUUUGGGGGAAGGCACCUUUGGGAGGGUGAUGCAGUGUGUCGACCACCGCAGGGGAGGAGCCCAUGUUGCUCUGAAAAUUAUCAAGAAUGUGGAGAAGUACAAGGAAGCAGCUCGCCUGGAGAUCAAUGUAUUAGAGAAGAUCAAUGAGAAGGACCCUGAUAACAAAUUCCUUUGUGUACAGAUGUACGACUGGUUCGACUACCACGGUCACAUGUGUAUUUCCUUUGAGCUGCUAGCACUCAGCACCUUUGACUUCCUCAAGGAAAACAACUACCUGCCCUACUCUAUUGGCCAAGUGAGACAUAUGGCCUACCAAAUCUGCCUCGCUGUGAAGUUUCUCCAUGACAAUAAGCUGACACACACAGACCUGAAGCCUGAGAACAUCCUGUUUGUCAACUCAGACUUCACAAUGUCCUUCAAUGUAGAAAAGAAGCGAGAAGAGCGGACGGUUAAGAGCACGGCAGUACGUGUGGUGGACUUUGGCAGUGCCACUUUUGACCAUGAGCACCAUAGCACCAUUGUGUCCACGCGGCAUUACCGUGCCCCUGAAGUCAUUCUAGAGCUGGGCUGGAGCCACCCCUGUGACGUCUGGAGCAUUGGCUGUAUCCUGUUUGAGUACUACCUGGGCUUCACCUUGUUUCAGACUCAUGAUAACAGAGAGCAUUUGGCCAUGAUGGAGAGAAUUCUUGGACCAGUGCCCUCGAGGAUGAUUCGUAAGACGAGGAAGCAGAAGUAUUUCUAUCGUGGCCGUCUGGACUGGGACGAGAGUUCCUCAGCGGGAAAAUACGUCAGAGAAAACUGCAAACCCUUACGGCGGUACUUGCUGUCGGAGGCGGAGGAGCACCACCAGUUGUUUGACCUCAUCGAAAGCAUGUUGGAGUACGAGCCCUCCAAGAGGUUGGUGCUAGCUGACUCCCUCAAACACCCUUUCUUUGAGAACGGGGGGAUCAGUGAGGCAGCGGGCAGCAAGAACUGGGAGGGGAACCGGGACAUCAGCCGGUGACCCGCGAGCCUCCAAAGACUGAAUAACAGGAGAUCAAGUCUUUUUAUAUGUGGAGCAGGUGAACUGUUGAAUCAGUCGGAGCAAUCAGAUGCUCUGUCGUUUGUCAAUAAAGCAUGGACACCUUAAACUUCUUGCUCCUCCACCCUGCCACUCUGACGUCCACCUCUGCGGCCUCGAGAGGCAUGUUUUUGCAGCAGAGACCAAAAUAACCCACGAAAGACUGGAAAAGAGUCAAAAUAUUUUUUUUCUAGCAGUCACAGCCUCAAAAGUAGCCCUCUAUGCAGCUCCUGUCUUCCUUUUGACUUCGGAACCACCUUCCUCCCCUCCAUCCGUCCGUCUAUUAUUUUCAUCAGCAUGUAUAGAAAAUAAUCCACCUUUCUAAGACAAGAAGCACUACAACAACAUCAGUUAUACAAACACUCCGUUUAGGACAAGAGACGUCUUCCGAUUCUGAAGUCGAAGGAAAGGGCAGAAAGGAGAUAGAGCUGUAUAUGCAGCGCAAGUCCUCACAGACGUAAUUUUAACAUGGAGACAUGCGAGAUAUUCCAUUAUGCUGACAUCAAAUAUUCAAGUAGGACAUCAUAUUUCCUUGGAAAUUGCAAGUAUCUCCAGCAGAGAGAAGCGUCCCGAGUUUUUGGUUAUAUUUUUGUUAAGUGAGCACUUGCAUUGCAUAUGUUUCUUUUUUUAUGUAUAAAUGGAUUAUCCCAUAUAUGGAGACUCUUGCCCUUAACCUCCGGUCGUUAUUAUUCGCCUAUGAGAUGAUAAUGGUGAUGGACACUCCACACACGGGCCUCUAAUGCCUGUCUUAUUGAUAGAUAUGUUUGUUCUGUUAUGCAAUGCUUUUUGAGUGUGAGAGUACAUGUGUGUAUGUGUGUAUAUAUGUGUGUGUGUGUGUGUGUGCGCGUGUGCGUAUAGAGGUGAGAGGUGACACGUUCAUCUUAAUGUAUUACUCAGUGGCUUCUUAGUAGUUCAUGAUUAGUCAUGGUUAAAUUCUCACACUUAUAAAACAUGAACUGCCUUUUCCAUGUGUGAUAUGGUCCGACUAACGUCUCUCCAUUGAGGUUAAGCACACAGCUCCUGGUGGUAGCCAAUGAGCCACACACAACUCCUCCGGACAGUAUUUAUUUUAAGUUCUGAUAGGUCAUAGUGUCUGCCCCCACCCGUACAUGACGUUUUUCUGUUUGUUUGUUUUUUUUGUAUGAAAUUAAAGCGUAUAAAACUGUA